AUGAAUAUUGAUGCAAAUAAUUCUCAACUGUAUAGUCGGACACGACAGAUUCAAGGUAGAGACCGGCUAUUGACUAACAAAUUCCACUUCAGCUUAAAUGAUGAAAAUGCCAAUAAGAGGAAGCCUGAUAAUCCACUAGAAAAGGGGGUGACGGAAAAUUUGUGGAAAAUGUAUAGCAAAGCGAGAGAACUGUUACCUUACAAAGAACGCAUGGAGAAUUUGACGUGGAGGAUGAUGUACGUCAACAACCAACAGGAUUACAAAAGAGCUAAAGAAUCUAAGAGUGAACCAGAAACCAGCUUUUCGUCUAGUGAUGUUACAUCAAGAUCUGCAUCGCCCGGUUUCGAUGAAUUCGACUACAAAUCCCAUAUCCAGAAAAUGGCACAGUUAGAAAAUACAAGCAAUAGCACAAUCAACAGCAACAAUAAUAGCCAAACUAAUAAUUCUAUUAGUACCAAAAAGAGACCUGCUGACUUUUCUCCCUUGGUCACUAGUAUUAAACCACACUCGAACUUGUCUGCAUCGUUGGCAGCGGCGAAGAAGCAGCCAUUGGAAUCACAUAUGGAAUCGGAAGGUGCAUUUUCAUUUCAAUUAGACCAAAUGGCAUUUGACGGUCCGGCACUCAAUUUUUCGAAUUCAUUUCACUCAGAUACUCAAAGUCAAAUCACCAUGUUGCAUGGAGACUCCAGGAGCCAUACUCCUUCACUCGCAUCACAAGGUACACUAUUAAUGCAAAUGGAAAGUGAAGCUAACAUUAAUAAUAAUAAUAACAAUAAUAACAAUAAUCAUAUUAGCUCAUCCUUUGACAGCCACUACUCAUCAAGUUCGCCACUACAAACAAUAGGACCAUCCACAAUACUUAAUAGCUUCUCUAAUGGACACUUAGAAAGGCAAAACAACUCCAUGGUGAGCCUCAAUGAGCAUUUUAGAUCCCAGAGCAACACACCUUUUACCAAUCAAUUGAAUAACCAAAAUGUAAUAAAUUUUGAAAACACAGGGCAAAAUCCACCAUAUCCAUUAGCCCAUUCAAACUCGUUCAUAAUACAGCAAUCACCUGGUUUGAAUUCCCUACCAAAGUCAGGAUCUCAAACUGGCCAAUCCGUUUCAAGCGCUACGUUUGAUUCUUACGAUUAUUCCACUUCUGCGACGUCUACUUCCUACUUUGAUAGUUUCAACAAAAAUGCAUUUCCCUCAAAUUCAAACUCAUUCAAUCAAAAUAAGAGAGCUAACACUUCGGAUGCAUUCUCAUCUAGUCUACCAACCUUUUUAAACGAAACUAUUCCAAAUGAAAUAAAAAACUCUGUUAAAAAGGGGAAGGUCUUGAAGAGCAAAAAGAAACAAACUCGAAUAGUGUCGCCUGAUUUCAACGGACCAUUAUCUAAAAAAGACGAUUCAGGCCCUAUUUCUUGUACAAAUUGUAACACAACAGCCACCCCUCUAUGGAGACGUGAUCCACAAGGUAAAGCAUUAUGCAACGCCUGUGGUUUAUUUUUGAAAUUGCACGGAGUUGUUAGACCUUUAAGCCUAAAAACCGAUGUUAUAAAGAAAAGACAAAGAGGCCCAAAUACCUCCUCAAAGAAACUGAUCUCAGGAUCCGCCAACGACGAUGGUGAUGACUUAAACCCUACACCUAUAGGCAAGACAACGCUGGUAGAUGCUAAGGUGUCUCCGAAAAGAGAUACAGUCACAUCCAAUUCAAAAACAUCUCCUGUUAAGAAGCCCAAAUCAUCGACUAGAAAACCUCCAAAGACAGAAAGGGAAAAUCAAAGUGAAGAAUCCAACAUAAGUCCCGCUGAAAACGUUGAUGUUGAUUCAAAUCUAAAUCCAAUCAAUGAAAUGGAUUACAACAUAGAUUAUUUGAACCACUCACCCAACUUUUCAAUUCCAAAUUUUCAACAGCAUGUAAAAACUGAAGGAGAGAAAAGUGACUGGGAUUGGUUAGGAAUGGCGUAA